AUGCCGCUGGCAGUGGAUAUGGCGAGACUACGUGAGGCCGACGAAACCGCAGCAGCAGCACCAGCAGUGCCAACCUCUCCUCGCUCUCCAGCCAGCGCUUCCGGUCGCCCAGGAACGUCUGGAACAGAGUUGAACCUCCGAACAGACCGCCAAAAAGCUCAAACCUCGUACCAGCGCGCCGCCGAAGCAGAAAAAGCCUACCGCGCCAAACGCCGCGCAACCUACGCCCGCAAGGACUUCAAGGCCGCGAAAGAGCACUUCGCUGCCGCGGGUGUUAGCAUCAAGGAGGGCUCCAAAUGCGUGUGGAGCGCUGUCCGCGCUGGCCCAGCUAUCAUCAAAGAGAAGCAGGUUAAGAUGCGCGAGGAGCAGAAGAUGAAGAAGAGGGAGACGGCUGAGGCUAAGAAGAAGAAGUGGGAAGAGAAGGCCAAGAAGAGUAAUGAGUCCUCCGCUUCCGAGGAGCCUGCUCCAGCUGUCGUGGCCGAAGCAACUCCGGCUGCAUAG